GCUUUAAGCGUGAGCGAGCGAUUUAUUAUCUAAUCUCUCUGUGCUCACUGCUUCUCCUUCUCUCUCACCAUAGCGUUGUAUGACUUGUAUCUUCAAAUACCCGCCAAACAGGGUUUCUGGUUCUCUCCUGUCUCAUACAUGGCUUAUGAUCUAUCUCCUGUGCAGGUUUGUACUUCAAUUCAGGGUAUUCUGAGUUCCAAUUCGACGGGGAGCGUCCGUCCUUUGCGUAUCUCAAGCGUUGGAGUGUGUGAUUUACCUCCAACAACGCGUACGGACGAGUUUGUUUUUCAUUUGCAGCGGUGGAGAUCGUUUGGUGAAUGAGGGCUUAGAGAAUUGUUUCAGGGAUGGAUCCGGCAGGUUUUGAGGCCGGGAUCCCCCCAGGGAGUUCAGAGAAGUCAUUAGCCUCCGUUGGCGACAAGAGGCCGGUGGAGAACGAAGAUGAUAUUGAUUCUGGUGGACGGUUGCAUAAGAAGGCUAGAGGAGAUUUGAGUAAGGAUAUGAAAAAUGUUGCGGAGAUUGUUCUGGUUUUAUCGGCGAUGGGGAAGAUGCGUGGGGGGAGGAAUCCCACCGAUGUGGAGAAAGGGCUCAUGGCGGAAGCUCGGCAGAAGUUGGCGGAGAUGUGUGAAGCACUGGCUCCUACGGAUAUCCUUCAUAGGGAUGCUGUUAAGGUUGUCAUUGAAGAUCUUGGGCUUAUUAAUAAGUCGAAAGAUCAGAGAUUAGGAUUUCGUCCUCCCAAGACGUCUAUCGCAGAGAAGUUGUUGCUUACGAAGAGAAAGAUGGAAGAAUCCAACAGAUUUGCUGGCCACUCUGGAACAUAUUCAUCUCAAUUGUCGCAAGUAGGCUUCAGUGCAACAGUCGAAAGUUGUGGUACAUUGUCACAGGCUGCUCAUAUUUUUCCACCAGAAAAACUAUGUCCCACACCAGUGUCUGUUGGAGUAUUUCAAUCUGGUCCAACCGCGGUUCAUGUUUCUGCUUUGUCUUCAACAUCCUCGAUGAAUCAGUUGCCUGUUAAUGAAGUUCAGACAUCUGUGGUGUCCAGGGGAUUCUCUAGCAGCUCACUAGAAAAAGAUUCUUCUUUAACACUGCCUCGAACGGAGGCAGCACAUUUCAGAUUGGAUGGAAGACUACAUGGGCCAGCUUUUGCAUCCCAAGUUCGAGGUGCAGCAAAUACUUCUGGUGAUCACCAGUCGGAGGAAGCCCCUACCUUCUCCCUUCAACCCCAGCCUUUUUCUGUAGCCGGAUUUGGUCAAACAAACAAGGGGUUAGUUCAUACUCCAAUUAAGGCCGAGGGAUCUUCUAACAUUAGUAGCUCCCAAGUACCCCUUCAAGCAGUAAAAGAUCAAAGCUCUGAACCCUCUGUAAUUCAAAAUGCAUCUGGGAGCCUGCCAAGUGUACAUCAACCUUCACAAGGUUUUUCACCUUUCAAUAACUACAAUGAGAUUGCAAGGAAUGUUCAGAAGUUUUUGCAACCAAGGCUUCCUGAGCAUCCUAAUUGGACUCCCCCUUCAGUUGAGUACAUGAACAAGGCCUUAACUUGUCAAAUAUGUAAAGCUACCGUCAGUGAUGUAGAAAGUUUACUUGUUUGUGAUGCUUGCGAGAAAGGAGUCCACUUAAAAUGCCUUCAAUCAUAUAACCAAAAAGGAAUUCCUAAAGCGGAGUGGCACUGUCCUAAGUGCAUUAUAUCAAGCAAUGGGAAGCCAUUGCCCCCUAAAUACGGUCGUGUUACAAGAAAUAUAACUGCGACUAAAGUGUCUUUAAACACCAAUGGAGGUCUAAUCUCUGCAGAGAAGAAGGUUGAAAUUUCAGAUCAAAAGAUUAAUAAUCAGAAGGCUGUUGCUAAUGGAAACCCUGGCUUAGUUAGUUCUGCUGGUGUUGGAAAUACAGGAAGUAAACAUAUUGAAUUAGUCCCGGAACUGAAGAUCUCAAGCGUAAGAGAACUACAUGGACCUGAUUUCACAAUAGGCGAAAUAGGCCCAGAAAAGUCAAGGGAAACUGCAGGGGUUGUUUGUGUACCUCUUUCUGGGAUGGUGAAUUAUAGUUCUAAUCCAUCCAUUCAAAGUAGUGGAUCAUCUUCAUGUGACACAGAAAGAUCAAACUCUGAGUUUAAGUCACUGCCAAAGUUAGAUCAAGGACACCACUGUCCUGAGAAACUAUCUGACACAGAUAUUGAUUCUGGUUAUCAAUCACAGGCCUCACGUAACUCAUUAGAUGCUGACAAAAAAGGGCCAUUAAACCAUAAAGCUUCUGGAAAUCAGGAUAUUGUAAAUAUUUUCACCUAUAAAGAGCUUGAGAAAUCCGAUUUAAAGGAGAGUUCUGAAUGUAAGUCAGGUUGUGAGAUCAGGCAAGAGAACCAGGAUUUUGCUCAGGCAGAUUCUAUUGAGGCUUCAGAUGUUGAGAAUGGAGCUAGAGAUUGCAAUAUAUCUCCAUUUCAUGAUUUGCAUGGUGUGGAUUGGGUUGGUGAUAUAACUCAUGUUGUAGAUGAGAAGUCAUUUUAUCAGUCUUGUCGGGUUAAUGGAGUAGUAUACAAGCUGCAAGAUCAUGCUCUUUUCUAUUCUAGCAAUGACAAUCUGAGACCUUCAAAACUUCAGGCCUUGUGGGAGGAUAACAAGACAAGGAAAAAAUGGGCUACUGUGAAGCCUUGUCACUUGCCUGAGGUAGUUGGCUGGCCAUGUAGUCCUGAAGAUAGUGAGGUAUAUGAAUCUAAUCACGAUAGCACUGUAAUGGCUGGCUUAAUUCAGGGGCCAUGUCAAGUUCUUCCUCCAAACAAGUUUAAGGAAGAAAGUGAAAGAAGAAGCCAUUUACCGCGUGGGGCAAAUGAUGGGUUACAACCUGUUUUCCUGUGCAAAUGGUUUUAUGAUGAAUCAAAGGGGCUUUUCCGAGCCGUUACUGAUUAAUUCAAGUCAUACCGAUUUUGGAGCACUAUUGUCCUGAAUUGCAUUGCUAGACAAUUCUCAGAAUAUCAGUUGCGUUUAACUGGUUAAAGGCAGAAGGGGACUGACUUCGUGGACUUUCUGGCAUUUUGAUGAGGAAGGCAAGUGCAUGGCCAAAUCUUGUACAGUAUGUAGCUUUAGACAAGUUUGUAUACUUCUCGAUAGUUUUGUAAUUGUAAUCUUAAUCCUUUUGUUUGUCUUUUGGUGCCUUUGGCUUUUGUAUUUUAUAUUGUCCCCAAUUGUAGUCUUUGGAAGGAAUGUCUCUAGCCAUGUAGUGUUAACAAUUCUUUCAUACAAGUCCGGGUUUUCUGUAACAUGCUUUUCUAUGCGACCGGGCCAAUCGGUAAGGUCUUUAAAUGACUGAAGCUUUGGAAUGUGGGUUCUCUGGCCUUGAAGAGAAUGGCUGGAAUUUUUGGAAUAUCUGCAAUUUCAGAAUCUUCAUCCAUUUUUUUUU